GCUAGAUAUUCAAACUUUAACGUGCAGACAAAGGAAUCUCUUACUGAUCCAUCCCUCGUGUCUUCUCUAUAGCACUUUUACUAACAAAUCUCAGGUAUAUUACUUGUAUAAUGAACGCACCGAAUAGAUUUGAAUUAUUUAUUGUCCCAGAUAACGAGCCAAAGGUUACUGUCGUUGAUGAUUCCCGGAUUUCCUCAACUUCAACUAUAACCUUGAAUAGACAAGAUCACACUAUUGCAAACUUACUUUCAAAUGAAAUUUCAAAGGACAAGAAUGUCGUGUUUUCUGGUUACAGGGUGCCACAUCCACUUAAUCCAAAAUCUGAAAUCAGAGUUCAGACUUUAAACGGUACGGUCACACCAAAGGAGUGUUUGAAAGAUGCUGCUACGAGAUUACUAGCAGAUUGUGGUACCUUCCAAGAUGAAUUAAAGCAGGAGUUCAACAAGAUUUCUAUUGAGGGACUCAACAACGAUGACCAAACUAUGCAACAGCAACCAGACGAGUAUUAUAUUGACUAUUAGUAUAACAGUAAUUUAUAUUUAUCACCAUUCACUAAAGUGAUGUAGUUUUUGUUUAAUAAAUAAUCUAAACCUGAUUUUAUUGUUUGCUUUGAGAGGUGUUGAAAAUUUUCAUGGUUUAUAAUCUCUCUGUGGAUUAUAUUUAGAGAUG